AUGGAUUUGAAUGAACUACCCCCUGAUGUUGACUUUGAUUUCAUUUUUGGAGCUAACAUAGAUACGUCUACAAACAAUCCAACCUUUUGCACUCAGGUGGAUCCUGUGGAGCAGCAAUGUGCUCCGAGCGUUUCAGAGGUGGAUCCUGUUGACCAGCGAGAUGCUCCUAGCGUUUCACAGGUUAGGUUGUCGCUUGAAGAGACACACUUAGAAGAAAUUCAGCAAGUUGUUCAUAACACAGAAUUGGCUGGUGGUCAAUUUGGUACGGAAGGUCUUUUUUCAGAAGCUGUUGAGGCAGAAGUGUGGUCUACACCUCAAGGGCCACACAAUGGAAUGACAUUUAGCACUCUAUUAGAAGCAAAAAAGUACUACAAUUCAUAUGCUAAAAGAAUUGGCUUCUCAAACAGGACCAACACAUCACACAGAUCAGCAUUUACAAAAGAGGUAGAAAAGGUACAAUUUGUUUGCAACAAAGAAGGUAAAGGGAAGAAAAGUAAAUCUGAAGAACAAAUUGAUGAGCUUAUAUAUGAUUCUGAUGAUGAUUCUAAUUCUGAUCAAGAGGGGGGUGCUGAGAUGCCAGUAGAAGGAGAAGAAGACAGGAAGCAUAACAAAAAUAGUGCUGGCAUCAAAAGGAAGAGGGAAAAAAAUGAAGUGCAACUAGUACCAUAUGAAGAUAAAGAUGUGCACAACUUCCGCUCAACACUACGUACAACUGAAAAGUAUAAAGAUAUGCAAGAAACGCUGGAAUAUUUUGAAGAAUUGAAGCAACAUGACCCAGAUUUUUUUUACAAGUUUAAGUUGGAUGAUGAUUACAGGCUUCAGAACCUAUUCUGGAUAGAUGGUGCAGCAAGGAGGACGUAUGAAACAUAUCAUGACUGUGGAUCUUUUGAUACAACAUAUAUGACAAACAUGUAUGAUAUGCCCUUUGCACCCUUCAUUGGGAUAAACAAACAUGGUCAAUCAUUCCAGCUAGGUUGUGCGUUCCUAAGAGAUGAAAAGACACCAAGCUUUGUCUGGCUUUUCCAAACAUUCUUGGAAGCAAUGAAAGAGAAAGCUCCGUUGAAUAUUAUUACUAAUCAAGAUGGUGCUAUGAGAAGUGCAAUUGAACAUGUGUUCCCACUUGCAAAUCAUAAGAACUGUCAAUGGCACAUAAUGAAUAAAGCAGCGGGUACUGUAGGUCCUUUACUUAAGGAAGAUAAAGAGUUGGAGGACGAAUUCAAGGACUGUAUAAACUACAGUGUCAUGCCAGAAGAGUUUGAGGUAAAGUGGCAAGCUAUGAUUCAAAAGCAUGGCUUGCAGGACAACAAGCAUUUUGGGCAUUUGAAUAGCAUCCGACAGAGUUUUGUGCCAGCGUACUAUAUGCAUUGCUUCUUCCCGUUCCUCCAAUCCACGCAAAGAAGUGAAGGUUUUAACGCAGUGUUGAAGUUGUAUGUCAGCCCAAACUUAUCAAUGCUGGACUUUAUCAAGCAAUACCAGAAGAUUCAAGAUAAGUGUCUUGUUGCUCAAGAUGGGCAGGACUUCAGAACCGAUGAUAAGACUCGAAACACAUGGUCAAAGAACCCUAUUGAGAAGCAUGCCUCAACUGUGUAUACGAAGAACAUAUUCUACAGAUUCUCAAAAGAAUUUGAAAAGAUCGAAGAGUAUUUUGUGCAGCAUAUAGGUGACUACCAGUUCCGGCUUGUGCCAAAUGACAAGUUUGUUGAUGGCUAUGGCACUAGAUCAUUGAUGUGA